UUUGGAAAGUGACUUUUUAUGUCUAAGGUGUUGGCCAGUAUUUGCAAGAGAAGGAUGCUGUUGUAUGUAACUUGCUCUUUCAGUACAUUACUAAACAAGCAAAUCUUUACUUUUAUUUUUGUCUUUUUCCUGGCAGUGGUGUUCUUACCGUCACCUCAAAUGACUUAGGUGGAGUUUUCUGAAACUCUGCCUGGGUGGUGGUGGGGUUCCUUAUUCCUGCCCUCAUACCAUGCAUUUGGCUUAAAUCAGGGGUAUGGUUUGAGGGAUUUCAGGGAUGGAGUUUCCAGACCAGGGUAGAGGAAGCACCACCACCUGCCCACGAUUUAAAGCUCCAUGUGAAUGUAGAUGUCAGUGCAAGAUGCUAAGCAAACUUCUGCUCCUACUCACUGUAGAGUUUAUCCUCUUAAGUAAUUUCUAUACAUUUCUUCCGUACUGAAGGAAACCUAAACCAAAUUUGUCACUUAAUCAGUAACAUACUCAAAUCUGUGUGUAUGCUGCUUGGAAAGGCAGGGAAGUAUCACCACAUGUCUCCUACUGGCGAUAGCUGAGAGAGGGAUGAGAACUGGAUCCAAAGUUUAUGUUCUUAACAACAUUCUAUUGAAGAAACCUUUCUGGAAAGGCCAUCUAUCACUACAGAAACAAAUUUUUACUGUAUUUGUGGCUCAUAGGCUAGCCAGCAAAAUAGAAGUCUAAAGAGAACUUUCCACCUCUUAAGCCUAAAGUGUCUAUUUCACUGUUUUAGCCUAUUUGGCUAAAGCCAAAGGGGCGUGUGUGGGUGUCAGUGUCACCACUGCCAGUGGAUAAAAAAGUGUGGCAGUCCCUCCAACUGAUGGACUUGACAAAUUGCUAUAUCUCCUCGUAACACUUUAAGUGCCAGAAGUGGGCUAAAGCCUACUUUUUUUUUUUUUUUUUUUGGGGUGCUGUUUAUAUUAAUUUCUUAACUGUUUGCGUACGUAGCUUUCACUUUAUCUUUGCAGAAGCGAUCUCUUUCGCUUGCUUUUCCAGAUGCACAGCGUCAGUUUAGAGAAAGGGAGGGGAGAAAAAACCGUGAAGUUCUUGCGGUUUAUUUUUCAUUCAGAGUCAUUAACACAAACAGUAUUUAAUCGGAGUCAUUAACAGAAAACUACGGCGCAGAGUGGCGGCCAGGUGAAUUCCAGCGCGGAACAGCCCCCGGCGGAGCGGCGUUGUGGCCGCGCUGUGCCGCUUCCCGUUCCGGCCCGCGGCUCCUCCCCGCGCCGCCCCUUCCUGCCCGCCGGCCGCGCGCGGAUUCCAAAGGCGGCGGGAGGCGGGAGAGGCUGCCCUGGGGGGCCGGGCUGGCGGGGACGGGGCUUCACCGCUUUUGGAGUGAGCCGAGCAUAACAGCUUGAAGUAACAAAGAAUAGUGUGAAGUAACAAAGAUUUCCCGAUCUCUCCGAAGUGCCGACACAGAGACAGCCGAUUUGUAUCGGGGACAAUUUUUCACUAACUUCAUCCGCGGUUUUGUAUUCAGCAGCAUAUACUGAGCAGCGAAAUGUCCUCAAAGAAGAAAAUAAAGAAGAACCAUGCCAGCAGCAAGCUAGAGGAGCACAAAGCCGACUCCAAUGCCCGUUGGAAAUCACUUCCUCUUGAGGAACCGGAUGUCUCAAGGAUAUUGAAGGUAGCAGAAACAAAUCACCUUGAGGAGCUUGAUGAUUCCUUCGAUCACCCUUUGCACAGUACUGCUGUGGAUGCUUAUGGAGAGGAACAUUCACAAAACGAGGCACUCGCUCGUGUUUCAGCAUCACAAAGGCAAAACACAGACAGACGUAAAAAACCGCGUCACUCAAAGCCCUCCACUGGUGAUGUUCAGGAAUCCAACACAGCUGAUGCUGGAGAGGAACCCCUUAAGGAGACUGUGGGAAAAAAGAAGCAGCCUUCAGAGGAGAGCACAUCAGAUCCUUCUGUGGAUAGCCCACAUUCUGUAGAGGUUUGGUGUCCCAAAGAGCUGAAGAGAUCUCCUAGAGAUAUUACAGAACUGGAUGUUGUUCUGGCUGAAGUUGAGAAGAUAGCAGCAAAUUACAGACAAAGCAUAGAAUCAAACAUUGGCAGAAAGGCUAUCCAUGACUUUUCUUCUGCUUUCAAGGAUCAAAUCACUGAUCUUAUAGCAGGAGUCCAGGAAUUAAAGAAUAUGAAGAAAAAGAAUGCUAAGGCAAUAACCAACAUCAAAAAGAAAAGGCAGCAACUGGUGCAAGUCAGAGAAGAGCUAAUUGGAGCUGAACCGCAACUGACACAACUACAAAGAGAAUAUGCCGAGUUACAGGAAAGGAAAUCUUCCUUGAGGCAAACAACUGAAUUAAUUACUGAUUUAAAGGAGCUACAGCAAGAGUGUUUGGAUUAUAGAGAAGAAAACCCAAAAGAAAAAGUGGUAUAUGGAACUUCCAGCCUCCCUGCUCUUCUGGUGGAGUCUCGGAGAAUUCUAGGAGCUGAAAGGCACUUUGAGAGUAUCAAUAUGAAACUUGAAGAGGCUCUGGCUGUACAAAAAGAGCAGAAAUCAAAGAAAAAUUAAGUGUCUUUUUAAGACUUUCACACAUU